CCUCCGCUCAGGUGAUGGACUUCCUGUUUGAGAAGUGGAAGCUCUACAGUGACCAGUGUCACCACAACCUGAGCCUGUUGCCCCCCCCCACCGGUGAGCCCCCACCAAAGCCUUCCAGCCUCCUGGCCUCGAGCUCCCUCCACAGGAGGGCUCUUUCCUCCAAGCAGCCCUGCAGGGGGACCUGUCACCCCUCAGGUCCCACCCCCCUUCACAGGUGAGGUCACCGAGCUCAGAGAGGCCAGGAAGUGACGGAAAUGGUAGAGCUGCCCCAAAGCUGGCUGUCCCCACGCAGCCCAGUGUGGGCAGACAUUGUGUGGGAGAGGUGGGACCUAGCAGCUGGCAGUGCCCAGGCUGGGGAGGGCUCAGGCAGGGUCUGGGUGUCGCGCUCUGGACACUCAGGUACAGGAAGAGACAGGCAGCAGGACCCCCCAGGGGCCGCCAUUCCCUGGACAAGGCAGGUGCCUGGGCUGGGCAGAGGAGAGCCGGGUCUGGGAGCCAUAGGGUCGGCACCACACCAAGAAAGGGUGCUGAUGGAAUUGGGGUUCAGCCCCUAGAGAGGAAGUGCUGCAAGAAGGAGACCCCAGAAUGGGUUUGGGACACGUUUGAGAUGGGGGGGGGUCUCCCUGGGAAGGUGCCCUGGGUGGAGCUGGAGCUCAGGGCCAGGCUGGGCUGGAGGUGGGGGAGGGCACACCUGGUCUGGGGAGGCCGAUGGCCGGGGGCACCUGGUCCCAGGCCCAAGUGGGGAGGGAGCGGCCCUGGGCUGCCUGCUGGGAGAGGGGACGGCAACGCUUGGGCUCCCAGAAGGAGGGUUCUUGCCGGGCCAGGCCCUGGGGAGCCCCGUUUCCCCACAACCCCGGGCCCCCGGCCCUGCCUCUGCAGAGCUGGUCUGUAACAGAACCUUCGACAAGUACUCUUGCUGGCCUGACACCCCGCCCAACACCACGGCCAACAUCUCCUGCCCCUGGUACCUGCCUUGGCACCACAAAGCACCGCCUCGUGUUCAAGAGGUGCGGGCCCGACGGGCAGUGGGUGCGUGGGCCCCGGGGACAGCCGUGGCGCAACGCCUCCCAGUGCCAGAUGGACGACGAGGAGCUCGAGGUCCAGAAGGGGGUGGCCAAGAUGUACAGCAGCUUCCAGGAGAUGUACACGGUGGGCUACAGCCUGUCCCUGGGGGCCCUGGUCCUCGCCCUGGCCAUGCUGCUGGGCCUCAGCAAGCUGCAUUGCACCCGAAACUACAUCCACGCCAACCUGUUCGCGUCCUUCGUGCUGAGGGCCGGCUCCGUGCUGGUCAUCGACCAGCUGCUCAAGACCCGCUACAGCCAGAAGAUCGGCAACGACCUCAGUGUCAGCGUCUGGCUCAGUGACGGGGCGGUGGCCGGCUGCCGCGUGGCCGCGGUGUUCAUGCAGUACGGCGUGGUGGCCAACUACUGCUGGCUGCUGGUGGAGGGUGUGUACCUGCACAGCCUGCUGGACCUCGCCACCUUCCCCGAGAGGAGCUUCUUCCCCCUCUACCUGGGCAUCGGCUGGGGUGCCCCCAUGCUGUUCGUCAUCCCCUGGGCGGUGGUCAAGGGUCUGUUUGAGAACGUGCAGUGCUGGACCCGCAACGACAACAUGGGCUUCUGGUGGAUCCUGCGCUUCCCCGUCUUCCUGGCCGUGCUGAUCAAUUUCUUCAUCUUUGUCCGCAUCAUUCGUCUUCUUGUGGCCAAGCUGAGCUCCCGCCAGAUGCACUACGCGGACUACAAGUUCCGGCUGGCCAAGUCCACGCUGACACUCAUCCCCCUGCUGGGGGUCCACGAGGUGGUCUUCGCCUUCGUGACCGACGAGCAUGCCCAGGGCACCCUGCGCUCCGCCAAGCUGUUCUUCGACCUCUUCCUCAGCUCCUUCCAGGGCCUGCUGGUGGCCGUCCUCUACUGCUUCCUCAACAAGGAGGUGCAGUCGGAGCUGCAGCGGCGCUGGCACCGUUGGCGCCUGGGCAAAGCGCUGCGCGGGCAGCAGCACACCGGCAGCCACACGGCCCCAGCCAGGCCUGGCCACGGCACCCCCACGGAGAACCUGCGGCUUGUGAGCAGUGGCAGCAGCAACGGCGUUGGCCAGCACCCCUCUGCGGAGACCCCCUUGGCCAGUGGCCUCCCCGGGUUGGCUGAGAUCCCCUGAUGAACCCCAGGCGGGGGCUGGACUCAGGCUCCCGGAGAGGGCAUCGCUGCACAGCCCAGAACUGGGUGCCCGGCGGGGCUGGAGGGCCCCUGCUGUCCACCUCUCCCGCCCAUGUGGCGGUCUGUCCCUGGGGACAGGGGUCCCGGGUGGGGGCAGCCGUGCCGUGAGUUGCAUGCCUGUGUCCCCGUGUGUGCUGGUGUGUCCCGUGCAUGUGAAAAUGUGUGCUCUCCACCAAUAAAGAGCGGAGUACUGGC